AUGGCCAACGUAGAUGUUAUAGAUCCAUUCCAUGUCAGCGCGGUCAGCAACGGGGAACCCAACAGCCACCAGUAUCUUGCACAAACACAACCGACACCAAGGCUGAAAGAGGCUCUGGUGGUCGCACAAGAGAGCAAUCCAAUUGAAGUCUUGGACGCGGCAGCAUCCAUUGAGGAGGCGCCAAAUGGCGAAACACAGCCCGAUCAACGCCCUGCAAACAUUCUCCACGAAGCAUAUCCCAAGUCAAAUGUGCAGCUUCCUGACCAUCACAUUGACGAUGGAAGAACUCUCAAGGUCGUUAUCAUCGGCGCCGGGCUUUCUGGCAUUCUCGCGGGCAUCUUGCUGCCAGUCAAGGUGCCAAAGCUUGAACUGACGAUCCUCGAGAAGAAUGACGACGUGGGAGGCACUUGGCUGGAGAAUGUGUACCCGGGCGUCAGAUGUGAUAUACCCGCUCAUGUCUAUCAGUCGACGUUUACUCCAUAUACCCAGUGGUCGCAACAGUUUGCCGAAGGCCACGAGAUUCUGCGGUACUGGCAAACCCAAGCCAGAAAGUACGACGUGUACAAGUACGUGAAGUUUGGCCGCCGCGUCCAGGACGUCGACUGGAACGAUCAAAACGCCCAGUGGACUAUCACCGGAGUGAAUCCUAAGACUGGGGAGACGUUCGAGGAGAAAGCAGACUUUGUGUUGCCGGCGAUAGGUCGAUUCAACGACUGGAGGCUUCCUUCUUAUCCUGGAGUGUCGGACUACCGGGGCCAUCUUCGACAUACUUCGAACUGGGACCCGUCGUUUGAUCCGACCGGGAAGAAGAUUGCCCUCAUCGGCAACGGAGCCAGCGGUAUCCAAGUGCUACCGAAUCUGCAGCCGAUCGCGGACCACAUCGACCACUACGCCCGCAGUAGGACGUGGAUCGCGGGUUCCUGGGCGGGCGACGAGCGCACGUUCGCGCCGCAAUGGUACUCGGAAGAGCAGAAAAAGGAGUUCCUCGACCCGGAGAAGUAUCUCAAGUUCCGGAAGGAGUUGGAGGACAAGUACUGGCGCCGGUUCCCGUCGACCUUUCGCGGCUCCGAGGAGAAUCUCCAGAUGCGCGAGCGGUUCAUCCAGAUCAUGGCCCAGAGGCUGGUGAAGAAGCCCGAACUGCUCGAUCUGCUCGUGCCCGACUUCAACCCGAACUGCCGUCGCCUCACCCCGGGGCCGGGAUACCUCGAGGCCUUGACGGCCGACAACGUCACGCUGAUCCAAGAUCCCAUCAAGCGCUUCACCGCCACGGGGAUCGAGACGGUCACCGGCGAGCAUCGCGAGGUGGAUGCGAUACUCUGCGCCACGGGCGCCGCCGUGGAUUUUGUUCCCCCCUUCAACGUGCGGGCUCGAGGCGUCAAUCUUCGAGAGGCGUGGAAGCCGCUGUCCCAGGACGAAAAGGUCGACGCGAGCCAUUUCGGCUGGCCGUACACGUACCUGGGCCUCGCCGUGCCGAACAUGCCCAACCUGCUCUUCAUCCACGGGCCCCACGGGGCUGGGCCGUCGGGCACCGUGCCGCACAGCGUCGAGGUCCAGGUGACGUACUACGCCAAACUGCUCCGCAAGGUCUCGACGCAGGGCAUCAAGGCCAUGUGGCCGUCCAAGCGGGCGGCCGACGACUUUGUCGCCUACGCCGACGCCUUCUUCCCCACCACCGUGCUCACGGACAACUGCAGCUCGUGGGCCAACGGGGCCAGGCCCGGCGGGCGCGUCCACGGCAUCUGGCCCGGCAGCGCAGGACAUGUCACCUUGGUGCGAAAGGAGCCGCGCUGGGAGGACUGGGAGUACGAGUACUUGCACGAGAGCGGCAACCGGCUCAUAGGCUGGUUCGGCAACGGCUGGACAAGGAAAGAGAGGGACGACCACGAGGACAUGACGGCGUAUCUACAGCUCGAAGGCACGGUCGAUCUUAGAGAGCUGCAUGAGAAAUGGUGGGAGUAGCACUGUGCUUGCGGACCAGAUAU